AUGCCGGUCCUCGCCAUACACCUCGGGGCCCCCCGCCUCCUCCCCGAUUCCUGCUCCCGUUUGGGUUCCAGGAAGUCCAUCCGGGCCCCUGCCCGGUCGGGCCUGAGGAUCCGGGCCGUGCUCGACCUGCCCAAGCCCACCAUCACCAACGGCACCAGCCCCGACAAGGAGGUGGAGGCCCUACGCGCCGACGUCCUGCACGAGCUGCGCUACCGGGUGGCCCCACAGAGCAUCAACGAGGCCAAGCUGUACGAGUCGGUGGCCUGGAGCGUGCACAACCGGCUGGUAGAGGGGCUGGAUGCCACAAACGACCACUGGCGCGAACAGGAUGUGAAGCAGGUGUACUACCUUUCCGCCGAAUUCCUCAUGGGCCGCACCCUGACCUCCGCCGUGCACAACCUGGGCCUGGGCGGCGCCUACGGCGCGAUCCUGAAGGACUACGGCGCGGCGCUGGAGACGGUGGCGUCCGAGGAGCGCGAUGCGGCGCUGGGCAACGGCGGGCUGGGCCGCCUGGCGGCCUGCUUCCUGGACUCCAUGGCCACCCUGGACCUGCCCGGGUGGGGGUACGGCAUCCGCUACCGCUACGGCAUGUUCAAGCAGGUCAUCCGGGAGGGGUAUCAGAUCGAGGUCCCCGACUACUGGUUAGACGAGGGCAACCCAUGGGAGGUGCGCCGCCCCGACACCACCUACCGCGUCGGCUUUGCCGGCACCUCCGACGGCGCGUCCUGGACGCCCGGCGACGAGGUCAUCGCCGAGGCCUACGACGUGCCCAUCCCCGGCUACAAGACCACGACGGUGGGGUCGCUGCGCCUGUGGAAUGCCAAGCCCGUCGCCGAGUUCGACCUGGACGCUUUCAACGUCGGCGACUAUGACGGCGCCACGGGGGCCAAGCGCCGCGCCGACGACAUCACCGCCGUGUUGUACCCCAACGACGCCACCGAGUACGGCAAGGAGCUGCGCCUGCGCCAGCAGUUCUUCUUCGUCUCCGCCUCGCUGCAGGACACCCUGGCCCGCUACCUGGCCACCCACUCUGACCUGGCGGGGCUGCCGGACAAGGCCGUGUUCCAGAUGAACGACACCCACCCCACCAUCGCCGUGGCGGAGCUCCAGCGCCUGCUCACCGACGUGCACGGCCUGGCCUGGGACGAGGCCUGGGCCAUCACCACCAAGUCCCUGGCCUACACCAACCACACCGUGAUGCCCGAGGCCCUGGAGAAGUGGCCCGUGGCGGUUCUGCAGAAGCUGCUGCCGCGGCACAUGGAGAUCAUCCAGCGCAUCAACGACGAGUGGCUGGCCUCCAUCCGCGAGCACGUCGAGGCCAAGGUGGCCAAGGCCCCGGCCAGGCCGGCCCCCGCCGAGGAGGAGGCGGACGAGGCGGACGACGAGAGUGACACCACCGCCAGCGGCAAGAAGCCCGCCAAGAAGGCCCCCCUGGACCCGGUGGAGGAGGCGCUGAAGGAGUACAGCAUCGUGCAGGAGAACCCCUGGAAGGCGGGGGAGAUGCUGGUGAACAUGGCCUACCUGGCGGUGGUGGGGUCCAAGGCCGUCAACGGCGUGGCGGCCAUCCACUCAGAGAUCAUUAAGACCGACCUCUUCCCCCAGUUCGUGGAGGUGUUCCCCUCCAAGUUCCAGAACAAGACCAACGGCGUGACACUGCGCCGCUGGCUGGCAUACUGCAACCCCGCGCUGUCGGCGCUGAUCACCGAGGCGCUGGGCUCCGACGCCUGGGUCAAGGAUGCUGGCCAGCUGGCGGGGCUGGAACCGCGCGCGGAGGAUCCGGCCUUCCGCGCGCGCUGGCGCGAGGUGAAGACCACCGCCAAGGCCGCGCUGGCGGCGCGCAUUGCCGAGACCACGGGGUACGAGGUGACCACCGACGCCAUGUUCGACAUCCAGGUCAAACGCAUCCACGAGUACAAGCGCCAGCUGCUCAACGCCAUCUCCCUCAUCGUGCGGUACCAGGAGAUCAAGGCCAUGUCCCCGGAGGAGCGCAAGAAGGUCGUCCCGCGCGUGUCUGUGUUCGGCGGCAAGGCCGCGUCCGCCUACUACAUGGCCAAGAAGAUCGUGAAGCUGGUGGGCGCCAUUGGCGCAAAGGUGAAUACCGACCCUGAGAUCGGCGACCUGCUCAAGGUCAUCUUCCUGCCCAACUACAACGUGAGCGAGGCGGAGGUCAUCAUCCCCGCCGCCGAGUUGAGCCAGCACAUCUCCACCGGCGGGACUGAGGCGUCGGGCACCUCCAACAUGAAGUUCGCGCUGAAUGGCUGCCUCAUCAUCGGCACCAUGGACGGCGCCAACAUCGAGAUCGGGGAAAACACGGGGCUGGAGAACCUGUUCAUCUUCGGCGAGGCGGCGGAGGAUGUGCCUCGCCUGCGCGCCGAGCGCAAGGACUUCACCGACUAUGACCCGCGCUACACCAAGGCGCUGAAAGCAGUCAAGGACGGCGAGUUUGGCGACGCCGACUACUUUGAGGACCUGAAUGCUGUCACCAGAGGACCGUUCUGCAACGACUGGUUCCUGGUGGCCAACGACUUUGCCACCUACAUGGAUGCGCAGCGGCGCGUCGAUGAGCUGUACGGGGAUCAGGAGGAGUGGACCCGGCGCUCCAUCCUCUACACCGCCCGCAACGGCUUCUUCUCCUCCGACCGCACCAUCAACGAGUAUGCAAAGGACAUCUGGGGGGUGACACCCGCCCCGCCCCCCGCGCCCACGCCCACCGCCUGA